GUAUCCAGCCCCAACAUAUGCUUCCAAUUCCUCGACCGAAAUUGUGUGUUUGACGAAAUUGCUUCUUGUUUGCAUCGCCACCACCUAGCGACAAUGGCACUAUUGUGUCCUGAAGAUGUUUUGGACCAAUUCGCCAACCGUUCGACAGUGUUGCUUGCUGUUGCUCUACUCUUAUGGGUUUUAAUCGUGAAACUUAUUUACCUGCUCUACUUCCACCCACUAAGCAAAUUCCCGGGACCAAGAUUCUGGGCCGUUACCCGCUGGGGCGUUUCGCGAGCCAUCAUCAGCGGCAAGUCUCACGACGUUAUUCUCAACUUACACAAAAAGUACGGUCCUAUUGUACGCGUCGCCCCUGAUGAGCUCGCGUUUCAGUCAGUCUCUGCCUGGACCGAUAUUGGCGGCCACCGCAAACACGGGCAGGCGGAAAUGAGCAAAGAGCCUGUUUUCAAUGAAGCCUUCAAGGACAAUUUACUGGGUGUACGGAAACGCGAGGAUCAUGGACGUAUGCGUAGGAUCUUGUCGCGCGGAUUUUCGGCCUCGAUUUUGCAGAAGCAAGAGCCAUUUAUUAAACGUUAUGUGGAUCAGCUUAUUUCUGAACUCUACAAGCGCUGCGAUGAUGGCAAGACGCUUAUCAAUCUCGAAGCUUGGUAUAGCUUCACAGCAUUUGAUAUUAUUGGUGAUCUGACCUUUGGAGAGUCUUUUGGGUCUCUCGACAGCGGAGGUCAUCAUCCCUGGGUCUCUCUAAUCUUCGACACAACGAGAUUCGUCAUCCUCGCAAACUGCUUGAAGAGAAUCAACCGAAUUUUCCUCCCAGUCCUGCUCCUCAUCACUCCUAAGGGUCUCGGCAGGAGAUUGCAGGAGAACCAGCAGCUAACUGACUCUAAGAUUGCCAAACGUCGUGCUCUUGGCGCUACCCGGCCUGACUAUAUGACAGCCAUGGUCGGGAACGACAAAAUUGCCGAGUCCCUUUCGGAUCUUGAGAUUACAUCGAAUUGUACUGCCCUUAUUCUUGGUGGCGCGGAAACCAUUUCCAGUGCUCUCAGUGGCACAACGUAUUACCUGGCGACGAAUCCCAGCAUAUUGGCUAAGGCUGUCGAGGAAGUUCGUUCAGCUUUUUCUCGGGAAGAAGAUAUUACUUUGACGGGGACUGGACAGCUCAAAUAUCUCAAUGCUGUUAUUACGGAAGCAUUGCGCAUGUUUCCCCCUUUUGCCGGAGUUUCACCGCGCCAGGUUCCUGUUGGCGGCGCUACGAUUGCUGGGGAGUUCAUCCCUGAAAAUACCACCGUUGGUAUCUGGCAUUGGAGCAUGACAAGAUGUCCGGAUUUCUUUUUGCAUGCCGAUGAAUUUCACCCUGAGCGCUGGCUAGACGAUCCUCUUUUCAAAAACGACCAGAAGCAAGCUUCUCAGCCUUUCGCCGUUGGUCCGCGAAAUUGUAUCGGGAUGAACUUGGCUUAUGUCGAGCUGCGUCUGGUUAUGGCGAGAAUUCUGUGGAACUUGGAGUUAACGCUUGAUGAAAGUUGUUUAAAUUGGGUGGAUGAUCUGGUUGAGUAUUUUGGCUGGGAGAAGACCCCACUCUUAGUUCGUUUGACCCCCCAGACAGAGGUAAAACAAAUAUAGAAAGGCGUCAGACAUUAGAUAAGUAAGAUUUCAGCCUAGCAUCGCCGGAAGCUAAAUGGAGCAGCCUAAGAUGGCUGAAAAUACUCUUUCUUGAACUGUCUGUUACGACUUAGGGUUUGUUGGAGGACACGCGAAUUUUUGUGGUAAUCUGCGACAACCGUAAUCAGUCUCCUCGGGCAACGGAGCAGAAGCUUCACAGUAGAGGACAGUAAAAUAGUAUAAUAUGUAGAACAAUAUCCGUAGGAAUUGUGGCAGUAGGAGAAUAUAAACCGA